UUCCUCUAGCAUCAUCUUCCACUAAAACACCUUCACCUUCUCAAGCAAAAGUUAUAUCAUCAAUGAACAAAAGGCAACAGGCAGCUCAAAAAGCCAGGAUGAUCGCGGUAUGUGUAUAGAAUGGGUGGGUUGUGCUGGGAAUGGGUGUUGACUUUAUCAUCUUAUUCACAGCUGUCUAAACAGUUGAGAACUAGACUUCAAUAUGCUGCAUUCAAAGUGGAACAUGGAUGGUCAAAACAAUCUCUAUCAGAAGUGGAGAAUUUGUACUACAAACACAGACGGGCGAGCGGAUCAAUGACAUCUCCCAAUGUGAUACCAUCCAAAUCUCCUCAAGCAUAUCGCUCCGGGAGUAUAGGGACAGGGAGUGGACAAAAAUUUCAUUAUACACCCUCAACGCCAACGCCACAAUGGCGUGCGAAAACAUCGCCAACAACAAUACGAAAAGCAUCAAUCGGUGGCGGGAGUAAUAUGACAGCAGAUGUUUUUGCCGGUUUGGUUACGCCACCUGCUUCGGGAGGGACUCUUCCUGGUGGAUAUGAUCGGUAUAAAGAUUUGUUUUCUAACCAGCAUUCUUUCUCUUCUGGGUUGAAUGCGCAAAAGAGUCCUUCCCUCAAUGCGUCAAGCGGAAGGAGUGGCGCACAACAAUCUUCCAAUAGAAGCGGGAAGAGUUAUGCUGAUUUUUGGAGCAAGAUUGGAUCAUCGAAUGCUGCACCUACCAAUAAUUCAGCCAAGCCAUCAUCAUAAGAUGUUGAGGCGCUUCCCUCAAUUCAUCGUCAUAAUCGGACGAUAGAUACUAUGAUACCUUGAAAACCAAUUCCGAUAGCUUCGCGGGAUGGACUUUCACUUUCUUCUACUAUCUCCAUUAAUCAAUUGUACACCACCUUCAAC